AUGGCGGAAACUCGCGAUCGUCCUCAGCCGCACCAGCUGCAAGUCCACAGCCAAUCACGCUACGACAAGUCGUCGCUGCUGCCGCAGAGAGGCCCGACCGCCGCCCAAAUUCUCGCCGUCGUCACGCUGCUCCCUGUCGGCGCCUCCCUGCUCGGCCUCGCCGGAAUCAUACUCGUCGGGACUCUGAUCGGGCUGGCGGUGGCGACGCCGCUCUUCGUGAUAUUCAGCCCUGUGUUGGUGCCGGCGGCGAUUCUCCUGGCGGGGGCGGUCACCGGAAUCCUGACUUCCGGCGCCUUCGGGCUGACGGGGCUGUCGUCGCUGUCUUGGGUCCUGAAUUCGUUCCGGCAGGUCACCGGACGGCAGCCUCUGGACUAUGCCAAGAGGAGGAUGCAGGAGACGGCGUGGACCGUCGGAGAGAAGACCAAGCAGGCCGGCGAGACCAUCAAGGCUAAGGCAGGGCCGGAGGAAGGCGCCGGCGGCGGCAGAACCUGAAUUUUGAAGACAGACAAGAGACAUAGAUGAAUUAUGAAUGAAUGGAAUAAUUAAUGAAAUUGUAAUAAUCUCUGCUGCUGCUGCUUCUGCCUGCCUGCUGAGUGUAUUUUCUUUUCAUUAAGAAAUUGGGAUUUCCAUU